GCGUUUUCCCCACCCGCUGCCGCGCUUCUCGGCAAGCUGUCGGCCGGGACCCAUGGAGCGAAACGUGCUCGCCGCGUGGACGGAGCGGGUGGAGUCCAAGCUGGACGGGCUCGCCGAGGCGCUUGACCAGCAGCGGGUCGCGCUGCCCCUGGAGGGCCUCGCCCCGAUGGUCGGGGGGGCUGGCUCAAGGGGCCAGCUUCGAGCGCGGGUCCUCGAGCUUGUUCCACGAGGGGCAGUCGGCCCCCGUGGCCGCGGCAGGGCCGCUGGAUUCGUCGUACCCCUGUGGCGGCCAGCGCGGUACCCAGCCACCAGAUGCCAGCGGCUGGAGCUGCGAGGACCAUGCGGCCCGAAUGGUCACGACGGGGAGCCAGGUCCACGAGCGCCCCACACUAAGCAGGCUGCUCUUUCGAAGAAGAUCAAGCCACAAACGACGGGAAGCGAGUGAGUGGCCAGGACUGCGGAACGGAAAGCGUGAGCAAUAACGGGAGCAGUUUCAGGAGGGCGUCGAGGAAGUUGACCAAGGUUUCGAGGGAACAAGAGUUCACAAAGCGCAUGAGUUCUGAGGAGUUGAGCGCGCAGCGGGGCCUGCUGGGCAGGCUUGUGAACUCUCGCUAUUUCCCGUCGCAAUCAUUCUCGACUGUGGUGCUUGGGGUGGAAAUGCAGCUUCGGGCCACCUCGAACACAGAUUCCCAGUGGUUCGACGACUUGGAAAUGAUGUUCACGGUGGUCUUCACGGUCGAACUUCUCAUGCGGGUUUCGGUGCACCGCUCCAUGUUCCUCACCGACAGCGACAAUCGUUGGUGGAAUGUGUUCGAUUCCAUCCUGAUAGGUGCCUCCUGGGUCGAUCUGCUGCCAGACUCCAGCGCACCCUUCUCAAAGAUUGCGAGGCUCAUCCGGAUGUUCCGAAUCGUGCGCGUCAUUCGCACAGUGAGGUUUGUCUCACAGAUUCGGGUGUUGCUGCUCAUGAUUAUGGGAACGCUGCAGUCGCUGUUCUGGUUGAUGACAAUGCUGCUUGGCACGACCUACGGCUUAUCCAUAAUACCGACGCAGGGCACCAGGGACUACCGGAAACCCUUUGACAAUCAGGUUUCUCCAGAUCAUAAAGAUGUCAGCCUCCUGUUCGGCUAACUGUUCCAGACCAUGUGCACCCUGUUCCAAUGCAUGUCUGGAGGCAUCAACUGGGGCGAGGCCUCAAAUUUGAUGAGCGGGUCAUGCAGGCUUUCCUGGUGAUGUUCGUAUUAUUCACCAUCUUCUCGGUGGUGAACGUAGUGAAUGGCUUAGCCAUGUUCUAAUCACUUGUUCGAUGUUGUUCGGCACGUGAAUCGCUUGUUCGGCUGGUAUAUGUGGUUUCUGCGUUCGGCUGUACUAUCAGUGCACGUCGUGUGUUUGCAUGUGUUCGGGCAUGCGCUCAUCUGCGCCCCUGCUUCUCCUCCUGGCGAGUAUGCUGCGUCCGCCCCAGGGUCUUUCGCCGCCCCGGGAAUCGGGGCCUAGCCCUCGAGGACGCGUUCAGCCUGGGGCUCUCUUAAAAAGGAAAUUCCGG